CCUCCAUUCACAUCAACACGCCACACAACAAGCAAAGCAUUUCACAACAACAAGCCACACGAUCGUCGAUUCGCCAUGUCCGGCGGAGAGAAGAGAGCGAGGGAGGAGGUGGAGGCCUUGCUGGCGCAGACGGAGUUGCUAGCGUUCUACGAGGGCGAGGAGCUCGAGGAGGGCAUGGAGGUGGUGAGCGAGGAUAGUGUGAAGGACACGAUCAGGGCCAUCGCCAACAACACGUGUGGGGAUUUUGAGAACUUGGAUGAAAUGGCCAACGGCGUCAGUGGGGCGCGUGCGGUGGCAGAGGCGCUCAAGGACAACACCUGCCUCAAUACACUCUGGCUGGGAGGCAAUAAUAUCGGCGAUGAGGGCGUUGCGGCGUUGGCAGAAAUGCUGAAGCACAACACGACCAUGACAUCACUCAGCCUGUGGCGCAAUGACAUCGGUCCUGAGGGCGCUGUUGCGUUGGCGGAGAUGCUGAAGCACAACACGAACAUCGAAGAACUCAACCUGGCAGCCAACUCCAUCGGCGGCGAAGGUGUUGUUGCGUUUGCGGAGAUGCUGAAGCACAACACGGCUCUCAAAACAUUGGACCUGGGCGACAACUCCAUCACGCCAGUUGGCGGUACGGCGCUGGGAGCCGCCCUGGACCAGAACCGCACGCUGGAAGGGCUUGACAUCAAGGGCAACUCCGCCGCCACCGCCCGCGCCUUUGGUGCCGCGCUGCCCGUCGACCGCGAGAUCGGCACUAUUUGGUAUGACGACAAAGAGGGCAAGGCCGCCUUCAACGAAGCGCGCAAGAAGAACAAGAUCAGGGCCAUCGCCAACAACACGUGUGGAGAUGAAGUGCGCCUGGUAGGAAAUGACCUCGGCGACAGUGAGACGCGUGAGGUAGCCGAGGCGCUCAAGGACAACACGUGCCUCAAAGAGCUCAUCCUGGUACACAAUUCCAUCAGCGACAAGGGUGCUGUGGCGUUGGCGAAGGUGCUGAAGCACAACAAGUCCCUCACGGAGCUCAACCUGCAGGGAAAUUCUAUCAGUGUUGAGGGCGCUGUGGCGUUGGCUGAGAUGCUGAAGCACAACACGACCAUCACAGGCCUCAGCCUGGAGAGCAACUCCAUCAGCGACAAGGGUGCUGUGGCGUUGGCGAAGGUGCUGAAGCACAACACGACCCUCGAACGACUCAGCCUGCAGGGCAAUCCUAUCAGUACUGAGGGCGCUGUGGCGUUGGCUGAGAUGCUGAAGCACAACACGACCCUAGAAGGACUUGGCCUGAACGACAACACCAUCGGCGACAAGGGCGCCGUGGCCAUGACAGAAAUGCUGAAGCACAACAAGUCCCUCACGGCUCUCGUCCUGGAGAGCAACUCCAUCGGCGACCAGGUCGCUGUGGCGUUGGCGGAGGUGCUGAAGCAGAACAUGACUCUCCAAUAUCUUUUCCUGGGCGACAACUCCAUCACGCCAGUUGGCGGUACGGCGCUGGGAGCCGCCCUGGACCAGAACCGCACGCUGGAAGGGCUUGACAUCAAGGGCAACUCCGCCGCCACCGCCCGCGCCUUUGGUGCCGCGCUGCCCGUCGACCGCGAGAUCGGCACUAUUUGGGAAGAUGCCUCUGAGCGCAACGCCUUCAACAAAGCGUGCGAGGAGAGGAAGCAACACGAGACCACGCACACCGACCAAGAAGACCAGCAACAGGACGCGCCUGCGACCAAUGAGCAGCAACAGCACGAGCGCCUGCUCAGUGCCUGCAAGGCCGGCAAUGUCGCAGCCGUCACCUCCCUCAUCAUCCGGCACAAUACAGACGUCAACCAACAAGAUAAACAGGGCGACACGCCGCUGCACGUUGCCUGCAGGCAGAACCAAUCCGCCGUCGUGGAGCUGCUCCUGAAGAAGGGCGCAGACACCUCCAUCAAAAACAAACAGGGGGAGACACCUCACGAUGUAGCCAAAGCCAGCGGCCACACCGCCAUCACCACCGCCAUCGAGGGCCUCAACCCAGGCAGCGAGAAGCAGCAGCAACAGGGAACCACUGCUGCUUCGGACGAAACAGACGCAGAGCAGGUGCACAGGGAGGCGGUGCAGGCGCGCAUGAUGGACAUUGCAGAGCGUUCCGACACGCACAUGGCGGGGAGAGCCAAGAUGGGAGUAUCUGGCCAGGGCCGCGCGGGCAAGACGACGCUUAUGGACUCGCUUCAGGGCAAGCCGUUCAACAAGCAGCAGCACUCCACACUCGGCGCCACCACCAACGACAUGAGAGUCACCGUCCACACCAUGGAAGUGUGCGACUGGAAGGAGAGCGACCAGAGCACGUCCGAGUUCAUCCGCAGUCUCGUUGGCACGGCGAUGGCACGCGAGGCCGGCGUGGACGAGGAGCUGAAGCGCGCGUCAGCAAAGGCACGGGCGCAGCACGCCACCCGUGUUACCGAGCAACAGCACGAGGAGGCCAAGAAGCAGGCCAAGAAGCAGGCCAGGACGGAUGCCAAGAAGCAGCGCAAGAAGAGCCAUGGCACAUCCACAACUUCCACCCCCUCAUCCGACAAGGCGUCCACCGCAGCCGUGCCUGCACCUGCUGCAGGUCGUGAUGCCUCCACAGCAACGCCUGCAGCAAAGGAGCAGCACCCAGCUUCCAGCCACGCCGACGUUGGUGACGACGAUGCUGACGUCGUUGCCGUGACCACCCCAUCCGUUUCGAAGGAGGAGGUGGAGAAGGCAAUCAAGGACAUGGACUUUGAUGCGACAAUUGGCGAAGGCAAGAUGCAGGUCUCCUUCAAGAUCUUCGACCUGGGCGGCCAGUCCACCUUCUACGUCUUUCACCCUUUCUUCCUCACCAAGCGAGUCACUGUGUACGCAGUGUACCUGCUUGUGUUCUCCAUGGAAGGACCUGCUGCACCAAAAUGA